AUGAGUGUGGAAAUAAAUCAAGUCUCUCAGGAGAGUGGACUCAGUCCGCCCCAAACUGUUAACAAACAGAGAACAAUAAACAGAUGUACCCCCAAAAAGUCAUUAGAGUCGAAAUUAUGGGAUUUGUUACAGCCUGUGGCUAGACUGUGGGGUCUUAUAACUGCUAUAGUAAUGAGUGGCGCAGGCGCACAACUGACUGUUCUGGGAUAUGAAGUGGCACCGGGGUUGAUAGUUGGAGCGGCUCUAGUAUUUUUACUAGAGACUAUGUGGGUGAUAGCUUUAUUUGUGGAUUUGCUGUGUCGUCGAGGUGAAUACUCUAUGAAGCUGAGAUGCUGGGAUUUUAUGAGGUGGUCGUGUGGGAGAGCAAGGGCUCCGUUCUACGCGUGUGCUGCUACAGCCAUACUCUUUGCUAACCUCACGAUAUUAGCUACGGUUUCAGGUGGCAUGUUACUCGUGUUAGCCGCAUUGCGAGCCACCGUGCCGUUUUCCCCCUACGCGACCCACGGUCCUCACUCGCCCCGCGCGGGCAGCACUUUGCUCAGUCAGCACGACUCUAACUUACCGGACGUGUACUACAAUGCAGCGCAAUCUGCUGACGACAGGUGCGAAGAAAUGACAGAGCGUGUUAAGACUCCAGAGAGAUCUAGAACUGGGACACCUAAACCACGCCUUCUUGACCUA